UGACCCAUUUUCCGUUGCACUUUUCGUUUACUUUGAAUGAAAAAAAACACAGCCACUGCACGCGCCUGCGCACUUGAACCACCGGACUUAUCAAAUACGUUAAUCUAAUCGUUCGUGACAUAUUCCGCCUAGCCAUCCGACGAACGAACGGUUAGUUUCGCACCGAAGCCGCUCCCGCUCGCAUCGUAAUCUACCAAAAGCACAAAAUGUCUUCGACCCUGCUGCCCGGAAAUAUUGUUUACGGAGGUCCUGUGACGGAACAAGAGGCCCAGAACUACAGAUCCUUGGGACAAUAUGUGCUGGACAAGUACAAGAGCUUUGGCGACCAAACGGUGCUGGUGGAUGCCGUCAAUGGAGUGGAGUACACGGCCAGUUUCAUGCACAAGUCCAUUGUCCGGCUGGCCUACAUCCUCCAGAAACUGGGAGUCAAGCAGAACGACGUCGUCGGCUUGUCCAGCGAAAACAGCGUGAAUUUUGCCAUAGCCAUGUUCGCCGGCUUUGCAGUCGGCGCCACUGUGGCUCCUCUCAACGUGACCUACUCGGACCGCGAGGUGGACCAUGCCAUUAACUUGUCCAAGCCAAAGAUCAUAUUCGCUUCCAAGAUCACCAUUGAUCGUGUGGCCAAGGCGGCCAGCAAGAAUAAGUUCGUCAAGGGCAUCAUCGCCUUCAACGGAGGUUCCAAGAAUUUCAACAACGUCUACGAUUUCAAGGAGCUGAUGGACAACGACAAGUUCAAGACACAGCCGGAGUUUUUGGGACCGGCAGCCAAUAAGAACGAGGACGUCUCUCUGAUUGUGUGCUCUUCGGGAACCACCGGACUCCCAAAGGGUGUACAGCUGACCCAGAUGAAUCUUCUGGCCACGCUCGACUCGCAAAUCCAGCCUACCGUCAUUCCCAUGGAGGAAGUCACUCUGCUCACCGUCAUUCCCUGGUUCCACGCCUUUGGCUGCCUGACGCUCAUCACCACCGCCUGCCGCGGAGCCCGCCUGGUGUAUCUGCCCAAGUUCGAGGAGAACCUCUUCCUCUCGGCCAUCGAAAAGUAUCGCGUGAUGAUGGCCUUCAUGGUGCCGCCACUGAUGGUCUUCCUGGCCAAGCACCCCAUCGUGGACAAGUACGAUCUGUCCUCGCUAAUGGUUCUGCUGUGUGGAGCAGCACCGCUGAGCCGCGAGACCGAGGAUCAGAUCAAGGAGCGCAUUGGAGUGCCGUUCAUCCGACAGGGCUACGGUCUCAGCGAGUCCACGCUGAGUGUGCUGGUGCAGAACGACGAGUUCUGCAAGCCCGGCAGUGUGGGCGUGCUUAAGGUGGGAAUCUAUGCCAAGGUGAUCGAUCCCGACACCGGCAAGCUGCUCGGCGCCAAUGAGCGAGGCGAGCUGUGCUUCAAAGGCGACGGCAUUAUGAAGGGCUACAUCGGAGACACCAAGUCCACACAGACGGCCAUCAAGGAUGGUUGGCUGCACACCGGCGACAUUGGCUACUACGACGAUGAUUUUGAGUUCUUCAUCGUGGACCGCAUUAAGGAGCUGAUCAAGUACAAGGGCUUCCAAGUGCCGCCCGCCGAGAUUGAGUCGCUGCUGCUCACCAACGACAAGAUCAAGGAUGCGGCGGUCAUUGGCAAGCCGGACGAGGAGGCUGGCGAGCUGCCGAUGGCCUUUGUUGUGAAACAGGCGAAUGUAGAGCUGACCGAGAGCGAGGUGAUUCAGUUCGUCAAUGACAACGCCUCGCCCGCCAAGCGGCUGAGGGGCGGCGUGAUCUUCGUCGACGAAAUUCCAAAGAACCCCAGUGGCAAGAUCCUGCGUCGCAUUCUGCGUGACAUGCUCAAGAAGCCAAAGUCCAAGUUGUAAGGGGAUCGCUCCCCUUUUGGGUGUGUGUAAAAACAAUUGACUAUGUGUAUGUUUUAUUAUUGCUAAACUUUGUUUUAUAAACUACCAACUGGUUGGGUUUCGAUUUACUCAUA